CAGUAUGAGGAAGACUGGAGGAGGCCCGCCACGGCCGGAGAUGUCACAGACUUCUCAGACUGUGGCGAGCCUGUACGAGAGCUCAGCAUCUUUUCAUGGUGUGUGUUCAGAUGCUGACACACUCAUCAAUGUUUCUGGCUGCACAGAUGUCGAUAUAGGACAGCAGGUUGUAGACCAUCUAGAUCUGCUCAGCUGGGACCAGCAGGACACAGAGACAGAGACCAGCGAGAGUACGGAUACAACUACCAGGAAUAUAUUCUCCGUAGCUGGUGAUUUAUUAAGUUUAACUCUAAUAAAUGUUGUCUUUUUUAUCCUAAAAUCUGUUUCAUUUUAAAUAAAAAUAACAAUAAGCAAAUUAAACAAUAAAAAUGUAAAUUGACUCACUGUUAAUACAUUUGUACUAUCAAAGUUGUAAUUCCUACAAACUUCUUCCAAUUCCCCAGUAGCUGUAUCCAAUCCUAGACGAAUCAGUUAUAAACAAACAAGCUUUUCAAACAUCGAUGAAAUUCAGGCACCAAUCGCACCAUGCCCUUGAAACAAUGUGUGAAAUCAAACAAUUUCCAAACGCAUGGUUCAAAGAUAACCUGUAUUUUAGCAUCCUUUGUGGAAUAUUUCCAGUCCGCAACAUAUCUAGUUCCUUAUAGAUCUACAAUAUCAGUUUUCAAUAAAAUUAUUCAUCUCAUCUCAUCUAGUCCCGUUUACGAAAUGCAAGAAAAUUUAAAUUCUUUUCUCCGAAACCAAUUCGUGACGUAGGGCACGAAUGACGUAAGAAUGCAAUGGCCAUAAUUGAGCAGCGCCAUGAUAAAACCAACAUAGUGGC